CCCACCACUAGCUCACUGAGUUCUCGUUUCCCCUUCUUGCAAACAAUUAUGACCAUGGCUGGUCCAUUCGUCACCUUUGUUUGUCUACUCAUAGUGCUACCUCAAAUCCAGGCCGUUUCUAUCCCCUACAAUGGAACUGUACCUCUUCAGGGGUGUCAGAUACCUUGUAUGACCGAGGUUAAUUUGCACUUGUUCUUGCACCAAUUCGUCGACGGACCAAACCAGCCAAAUCGCAAUGAGGAAACCUUGGUACAAACAAGUUUUCCUUUUGGGUUUGGGACAACGAUAGUCCAUGACUGGACUCUUACCGAGACAACAAAUUCCAAAGAUACCGUUGUUGCACGUGCACAAGGCGUGCAUGUCCAGGCUGGUUUAACCAAGGAUAAUAGAUGGUACAUGACUCAUAACAUAGAGUUUGAGCAAGUAAGGUUUGCAGGGUCUACCCUUCAGGUGAUUGGCAUAACAGCGGGUUUGGAAAGUGGCCAGUGGUCCAUUGUCGAUGGGACUGGUCAGUUCAUUAUGACACAGGGUAUAAUAAGUUUCACAAAUCAUCCUGCCUCUACUUGGGAAGAUGGUAUUAAAGAACUUAAUAUCCGUGUACGCUACACGACUCCGCAACCUGUAAUGCAGCUAUGGCUCCGGCUCUCGCAGAAGACCGCCUUAAUUCUUUGA